UUUUUUUUACCCUUUAUUUGACAUUUGAUUUGUUUUCUUUUUGCCUGUCUAAUUUUAAGUUUUUAAAAAUGGGUUUAUCAGAAAAGACUCCAAAACAAAAUAGUAUUAUAGAUGACAGUAUUUACAUAGAUCAAUUUUUGAAGAUAUCCAACUAUGAAGACACAGUUCGGCAACUUGAUAUUUAUUAUGGACUGGUUAAAAGACAACUUCUGCAAUACCAGAGCCCAAUUACGGGCUUAUUUCCUGUCUUGUCAAAUGAUAAAGAAGUUGGAAGCGUUAGAGAAAGUAUAUAUUGUGCUGCAGCAGUUUGGGGCCUUUACCAAGCAUACAGGUAUAAACUAAGAAAACUUUCACUCUAAUUCAACUUAGAAGUUGUCGAACACACUCUCCUAGAAGAUACCUAACCAUUAUGUCAUGUUGAACUCCAUGAUUUAACUGUUCACAUAAAAUUAUUUCAAUUGUCACUGCCAUGAUGCUAAGUAGGAUCACAAUAAUGUCCGCGUAAUUUUCUCAGAGCUAAAUAACUCCAUUCAGUUUUUAAUAAAUUGUUUAUUCUUGAACAUAAUGUCACCCUUCCAAGAAAAGAUUAUCCCUCCCCGCAACCUCCAUCAUAAUUUUUCAUAAAAUUCCAGAAUACUCCAACUAUAUGCGUGAUUUUUAGUUGAAUUGGGUUUUUUGUGGUGAAAUACAUUAAUCAGUGGAGAAUUGAUGAUGAUAGAGGCAAAUCUUAUGAACUAGGCCAAUCAACAGUAAAAUGCAUGAGGGGAAUUUUAGAAUGCUGGAUGAAACAGGCUCCUAGAAUAGAACUGUUUAAAAAGAACCAAUGCAAUGCACAUGCCUUGCAUGUAAAGUUCCAUUUAAUUACUGGACAUGAAGUUUAUAGUGAUAGUGAAUACAACCAUCUUCAAAUUGAUGUGGUUUCAAUAUAUCUACUAUUUUUGGUUCAAAUGAUAACUUCUGGAUUACAGAUCAUUUACACCCAGGAUGAAGUAGCAUUUGUCCAAAAUCUGGUCUACUAUGUAGAGAGAGCGUACCGCACACCUGACUAUGGCAUGUGGGAAAGAGGCAGCAAAUACAAUGAUGGAAGCCCUGAAAUCCAUGCUAGCUCUAUAGGUCUUGCAAAAUCUGCUUUGGAGGCAAUAAAUGGAUGUAAUUUAUUUGGUGAAAAGGGCGCAUCCUGGAGUGUUGUUUACGUUGAUAUUGAUGCCCAUAAUAGGAAUAGAAGCAUCUUUGAGACACUGCUUCCAAGAGAAUCUUGCUCUAAGGAUGUGGACUCUUCACUAUUGCCUACCAUAUCUUUUCCCGCGUUUUCAACUCACGAAGAAAUGCUGUAUCAAAAAACUAAGUCUAACAUAGUGAAGUCUUUGAAAGGAAACUAUGGUUUCAAGAGAUACAUCCGAGACGGGUUCAAAACAGUCAUUGAGGAUUCCAAAAAGAGGUAUUAUGAAAAGGGCGAAAUUAAGAAUUUUGAAAAUAUUGAAUGUGAAUGGCCGCUAUUUUAUAUAUUCAUGAUCAUUGAUGGUGUCUUCAAGACGAUUCCUGAGCAGAUUCAAGAGUAUCAAGAUCUGUUGAAAGAACGAAUCAUGGUAGAUCACCAUGGAGAUCCAGUGAUACCGAUGUACUUCUAUGUUCCUGAAGAAGACAUAGAAAAAGAAAAGCAAGAGCCAGGCACUUGCACCAGAAAACCGUAUACUGAUGGUGGACUGUUUCUGUGGAAUCAAGCUAUGCUCAUCUUAUCAGAGCUUUUAACAGCAGGUCUGUUACAUAUUAAUGAGCUGGAUCCGGUGCGUAGAUAUUUGCCGUCUUAUAACAGGCCUAGAAAAGGAGGGAGAUAUUCUGCUUUCCAGGCAAAACCUUGUUUUGGCACAGCUACCGAUUUGGUGGUACAAAUCGUCCUAAUAGCCGAAUCUAUGAGACUGCAAGCAAUGAUGGCAACUUACGGCAUUCAAACGCAGACACCACAUGAAGUGGAACCAGUGCAGAUAUGGUCGUCUACGCAAUUGGUGAAGGUUUACCAGAACUUGGGCGUGAACCAUAAGCUCAAGUUGCAAGGUAGACCUGUCCGACCUGUAGGAGCUUUAGGUACCAGCAAAAUAUACCGCAUAGCCGGUAAUACAGUUCUUUGUUAUCCAAUCAUAUUCGAAGUAUCAGACUUCUACCUGUAUAGAGACAUGGCUUUGUUGAUUGAUGACAUAAAAACGGAGCUCCAGUUUGUAGGAAGGUAUUGGAGACUGUCAGGCAGACCAACCGUAUGUCUACUUAUCAGAGAAGAACAUAUGAGAGAUCCUCAAUUCAAGCAGAUGCUUGAUCUGCUUGCCAUGUUGAAAAAAGGAUAUUGCGAUAGUGUUAAAGUGAGGAUCGGAAGGUUGCAGAAUCUCAUUUCUAGUUCUUGUGUGGAACACCUGGAUUUCAUGAAUUUGCUAGACGAAUCGCAUGAAGAUUAUCCCCACUUCAGACAGCUAGAACACGACUAUAUAGGAUACCAAAGCCUUACUGAUGUACCAAGAAUAUUGAAUUUCCAAGAUGAACUCAAGGAUUACUCUCAUUACAGCACGAAAACCACUAACGAAAUCGUCGAAGCAAUUAUAAACAUAGAAAGUAUAUACGCCAAGUGUCAACUUCUGGGUAUUUUGUUGAAAAGAGAAGGUGGAACAUACAAAGUUCAGCAGAACACUGUAGAAGAACACUUGCAGAGCAUAUACCACAAAGCAGGGUGUAUUAGACAUUGGGCUGCCGUGAGGUAUACCAGCAGUUUGUUGCAUCACCACGUGGAUUCUAUCAGUCCUUUUAUCACAGCUGUUUUGGUACAUGGAAAACAGCUGACAGUAGGAGUGGUAGGCCAAAAGGAAACAGUCUUCGACAAACCAAUGACCCCAGCUGAAAUUCAAUCUGUAAUGUACAACACAGUUCAACCGUACGAUGUGAUACAAGCAGUAUUGCAACAGGAGAUCAUUUUAUACUGCGGCAGAUUGAUAUCGACCAACCCUGAACUAUUUAGGGGUAUCUUAAAGAUACGAGUAGGCUGGGUAUUGGAAGCGAUGAAGUAUUACUUGACUUUGUUUGGGCAAGAUAAAAAGCUCGAGGAUCACAGCCCCUAUGAAGUUAGACAGUUGCUGUACAGAGUCCUUUCGAUAAAGGAGUGGGGCAACACUGAAUUGCUGACUCCAAGACGAAAAAGACAACUGGAGGGCUGUCUGUGCAGAGUACCUGCUUCCUUUUAUAAUCAAGUGUGGGACGUUAUGACCAGAACUCCACAUGGUAUCAGAGUUGCUGGAAAUGCAAUCCCUCAACAGCCUACCCUUUCGAAUAUGACGAAGUCUGAGUUGACGUUCUCAUUGCUCGUCGAAGAGAUGUUGAACCAUAUUCAACAACCAGAAUAUCGCCAGCUAAUUGUCGAACUGCUAACAAUAGUUUCGACGAUAUUGUGUAGAAAUCCAGAACUAACCUUCAGCCAGCCGCUAGAUUUGGAACAGUUGAUGAAGGAUGCAGCCCACAUGUAUGCCAAAGAUCAUGAUUUGCAAGAGGAGGAAAUUUCAUGUCUAGUUGAAAUUCCCUACGUUAGAUCAACAGGAUAUCUAGCAAGGGCUGUUGUUAAUACUGUCCUUAAAGGAGGCCAGAUAUCAAGAGAUAUUGAAUGUGGUACAGAGUCAUGUAAAAUAGCAUAGUCUUCAAGCUUAUAUUGUUUUCCAUAAAAAUACGUAUCUAGCUUUAUACAGAAUUGUUCCUACAUUUAUUAUUACAAUAAACAUACAGGAUCGGCAGAUAGUCAUUGAGGUCCCGCAUUUGAUGUGUACGAGAGAGAUGAAGAGAAACACCUACAUCAGAGCGAGAGCGCGAAUAAGCCUUGCCAGACACGUCAGACAACCAGUCUUUAGUGUGGGCUUCUUUUAGUACACAUCAAAUUCUAACCUGCGUGUUUCUCUUGCUAUCUCUCUGCAUAUUGAAUGGGCGCCCUCAAUGAUUCUCUACCGAUCUUGCAUAUUAAGUUUUGAA